AUGGCCCAGCCUACUGCCGCUAACAUGGCAAAUCCAAGCGCGGAAGCGGUUGCGCUCACUGCCAGCAAUUACACGGUCGAUAAAUCGCAGAUCCCUCGACCUUACAAGUGUCCACUCUGUUCGCGGGCCUUUUAUCGUCUGGAACAUCAGACCCGUCACAUCCGCACCCACACGGGUGAAAAGCCCCACGUCUGCACACAUCCCGGCUGCGAGAAACGUUUCAGCCGAAGCGACGAAUUAACUCGUCACGUUCGUAUCCACGCCAACCCCAAGAAAGGCGGCGCUACCCACUCCGACGACAAGAAGGCCUCCGCACGCAAGUCGGCCAGCAACUCGACCACACACGCUUCUCCUACAUCUGUCAUCGCGUCUGCUUCUAUCAAACCGGGUAACGUGAACAACAGGCAGCUCCGAUGGCAGGUGGGCGACGAGGAUGGCGACGAUAGCGAUUCCGACCGCGAACACCAUAGGCAAGCUGGUCGUCCUGGCCGCAAUGGCGAAAUGUCGACGCUCGCCAUGCUAGCCAGCGACGAGCUCCACGAGCUCCAACGCGCAGAGCGAGAGGGUCGUCGUUCCGGCCCUCCUUAUGGCUAUCACCCGCAUCACGCUGUCCCCGCAGACCCUUACGCGGAUCGUUACAACUCGCAUGGAUCCAGUAGCCUCCCUUACCCACCCGCUCCUUCAACGGCUGGCGAUACAACACCACCCGGUUGCUCGCACGAGGACUGCCACCGCAAGUACAACGAUCGUAUCGCGUCUGCCAUCCUCGCUCGUCCUUCUUCGAAUCGUGCCGAAUGUGGCUACGUGCGACCCGCUCAUGGUGCCCAGAACGGCACCCAUCCGCCUCCCAGCCUGUACCGCUACUACCAGCACGGCUCGCACCACGGCGCAGGCGGCUGGGCUUCCACCUCUUCGAGCAUGCCAUCCAGCGUCGAGCAUUCGCCUCGCUUUUCACCCGACGACCACCUUCACGGCGACGACUACGCCUCCGAAUCUGAACACGCUACUUCACUGCAUGACGACUCCAAGUCUCGACUCAGCAUGGCGGCUGCCCCUGGCGCCGCUGGACACCCUUUGCACGGCCAGCCGCACUGGACCCCCAGCAGCAGUCCCGUUCUAGGUCCUCUGCGCAACAUGAGCCUCCUUGGCGGCAACACGGUCCCCAACAGCCCCUACACGUCCCGCCCAGGCUCUCCCGUCAACUCGCGUCACGGCCAUGGUCACUCGCCUCCUCACUACGCUCAUCAGGUUCACCACCAUCACUCUCAUGAAGGCCCGGCGCACCAGUCUGGCCAUGGACACCACGGUUCGCACCGACACCGAUCGCACCCCUACAUGGAAUCUUCGGCUCGAUCCCGAUCGCACCACCACCUGUCUUCGCUCGGAAUGGCCCCUGUGCAGCCCGCCAUCCCCCCCAGCACUUCGGGCGAGCGCAGCACUGCCGCCGAGCUCGAUUCGCUCGCCAGCGGCUCCGCGUCUACCUCUGCAUCUACUUCGCCCGCGCAGCCCUCGCACAUGCCACCCAAGCUUUCGAGGAGCCACAGCUUUGGUUCACGCAGCAGGGGCGUUGCUUCGUUCAACUCGAGUGCUAGCCUCUCGGCCUACCACUUGACGCCUGCGUACGCUCCCCUUGCUGCCGAUACAGAGCGCAUUGCGCGUCGCAGCAAGAUCGAAGACAUUCUGGAUGGCGGUGUAGGAAGCCUUAAGCCACACACGUCGCGCUCGUCCUACCCCCAGCUUGUUGCCGACCCUUCGUCGAGGACGCUCCCCCCUCCCUUCCCCGCAAUCAGUACUUCCCACAGGGAUGGAAGUCAUCACCCACUGCCUGGACACCACCACUCGCAUGCUUACAACUACCAUCCCUACGGCGCCGACCAUAAAAAGAACGCACGCAGCAGCUCUCGAUCUGCGCCUGCUAGCCGAUCAGGAUCGCCGCACGGUUCGCCCACUAUGUUGCAUGCGUUGCCUGCCGCCAUCUCGUCUCGAUCACACAGCCGCCAAAGCUCGAUUGGUAACAGUUUCGCUACAAGCAACGGUCUUGCCAGCAGCGAGUCGAGCCCCACCAGCGUUUACUCGCAAAUUCCGCACAGCGCCACCAACUCGCCUGCGGGAGGAAUCGGACCUCAUGCGACAUCAGCUUCGUCCAGCAGCAGGAGCAAAAAGGUUUUGGGCUUUGGCAUGACCCCUAUUCACUCUGCGCAUCGCGACCACGGCCCUACACUACCUCCUCUGGGUCAGGCGCUGUCAAGGGACACGUCGCCUAUCAGCAUGCAUCUGCCUCCACCCAUGAGGAGGAUCCACUCUCUCUCGGAUGACGCCGUGGCCCCCGAAGUCGACAUGUCUUCGGCGUGA